GUUUAAGCCCUUUGGGCCUGAGAUCAAAGACCUGAGCCGAUACGCAUCACCGUUCCAGGACAAAAGAAUCACCGAGAGAGGUGAGUGCAGCUGGAUCAAUCUCGGUCGGUCCGUACUUGCUGUUCAUCCUGCAGUUCGUCUUCGCUUUUCGCUCUUCGGUGAAACUGAUCCAACAGUUCGCCAGGCGGUAUCGAUUCGCUGUUCCUUGUCGCGGCGGAAUUCACUCUUACGUUCAUCGGCUCCGCUGCGAUUCCCGAGACCAGGAUGAAUCUAAAGUUGGAGCGAAAGGGGCUUCUCCGCAGCAACUCCAUGGAAGAUCGUCGGCGAGGUCGUCCCGGGAUCUUUCUGGCACUCGGAAUCCUGAUGAUAGUGUCUUCUCGCGUCGGCUUUUCAGCGUCCGAUUCAUCGUCGACGAGCGAGGUGGAAAUGCUUAACCCAGAUGGUUCCGCGGCUUACGAUGCAUUUACAGUUCCUUGCCACGAGAAAUGGGUUGCGAAAUCUUACUUUGACAAGUAUAGAAGUUUAGACGAUGCCACUUUCGAACAUUAUAGAGAUGUCGAGCUUACUCCUUGCUCGUCUGAAAUGCUGCCCCAUGAUCCACGUAAUGCGUUCAAACUGUCUGGUUUGGAUCACUCUCUGACUGGUGAAGGCUCUCAUCGGAGUCUCUUCGCGGGGAUUAGGAUUAGCAUUGAUGAGGAGUUUGCAGCCAAGUCACUUUUUCACUCCUGUGAGGUCAUGCUCGUCGAAAGACUUCCCUCCGGAGUGUUUGCUGACCCAUUUGAGCUGCAACACAUUCAGGACCGUGGAGUAUAUGGUGAAGUUGCUGUCUUCGGAGAUACGAAUUUGGAGUUGCCUUCAUUUCUUUCAAAUCGUACCCUUGUUGAGGUUCACAUGUUUUUUAGCCCCGACGGCCUGUUGGAGCAGAAGCAUGGCCUUGAAAUCAAAGUAGAAGUUCCAUUACAUGCAUGCUAUCAGCCCCUAGAUGGAAGUGGCUAUUCAGCGGUUCAAUUUGGAGAACCAGACGUUUUUGCACGUUGCCGCAUGGAGAAAAGGUCAAGCAAUCAAUCCCAUUUGUUCGUUUUGACUAGUAAUGGUGCUAUAUCUUAUAAGAAUCCUACAGUUUGGAAAAUACCAUCAGGCGUAGAAACACAUGCUGGAUUUGUAUCAAUUGUUACCUUUCUGUCGGCCUCAUUAUCUGCCCUUGUGAUAAUUGUGGCAUCUGUGUUUCAUUCAAACAUCAAACUGCACGAGAAUGUGAAAAUAUCUUAGUUUGUCAGGAGCAACACCCUAUACGAGCAUUUACAGAGAGGCUAUUAAUCUCUGUGAGGAUGUGAGUUUAGAGUU